AUGAGCGAUUUAAAUAGUUAUAAGAAAGCGGAUUUGGUUAAUGUAUGCAAAAAGCUUGACAUUCCUACUCUUGCGAAAGACACAAAGAAGGUUUUAACUGAAAAAGUGGAAAGUUAUAUUAGCGAAUAUGGUGAGGAUGGCGUAUUAGCAGUUCAAGGUAUAUUACAAGAUAAGGAAGAUGAAGAUGAAGAAACUUUAGCUGAGGAGGAGGAAGAGACUGAGGAGGAAAAAGAAGACAAUGACUAUGAGGAUUCUGCACCAAUUAAUUUGAAGGAAUGGAUCAUUGAUCCUAUAAUCGAAAAAUCUGAGGCAGCUCUCACUAAAGUUUAUGAAUUCACUGAUAAGGUCGGAAUCACCACGGUUGAUUUUAACGAUGAAUUGAGAGAUCAGUUAUCGAAGUCUAUUACUUUAAAUUAUCUUGAGAUUUCAUUUGAAUUCUUAUAUUUCUUGUAUACUUAUAUCCCAUUGGUUGCACUUAGCGAAAAUCCCCUCGUUCACCAAGUUCUCAAAGACAAUAUUGAAUUUUUUGAUAAAAGUGAUAUCCCAACUCCCAAUUUGUUAUCUCUUGUGAACUACAACACGAUUUCAACGUUCUUUACCUGGGCCUUAACAUCAAUAUUUGUCCCAUUGGUAGUUUCUUAUUACGUAAAUUUUUCCAAAAGAGUCAUAGUGUUGGAUGAAGAAGCUGGUAUUAUUGCAAGAAUUUACAGGUACGAUCCAUUUAUUUUUGCUUUGGUCAAAGUACUUAUCUUUUACUUUGUUACCAAAAACUAUGAUAGCUUAACAACAUUAAAUUCAUAUCGUGGUAUUUUUAAUGCUUUGAAGCACCACAUCUUGCUGCAAUUGGGAGUUUAUGGCAAAUUCACCGAGACUUUAGGUAAUUUCCCCUUAAUUAUCGGAGUUUCUAAUAUUCUAGUUGCCAUCUACUCUCAAUUCGAAGAUUAUUAA